CGUGGUUUUAAGAUUCUGCAGCAGGGAAGACAAUGUGUAGGACCCUGCAUGGACAGUUCAAAAAGUUCACGUUUGACUGAACCAUGACAGCACACGAAUGACAAGUUUAAUGAAGUUGGGCGAGGCGCCUCCUGAUAGAUGUGCGUGACGGGGAGUGGCUGCAGCGCGCAUUGUGUACUCAUUAUGUGGCUAAAUCAAUGUCUUGUUUUCAUGGGUCAGCGUACUAGUUUUUAUGCAGGCAGUAUGAAUUUAAGGACAUACUGAGGAUCUAGCGGGGGAUGAAUAGUUUGUGCGUAAUUUGCAUAAGAUCUGUCUCAGCCUUUUUGUCAUGUCUGGCUCAUGGCCUGUUGGUUGCAAGGACCGAAAUUAGCAUGUUUCGGAAACCAUCGUCAGCUGAGUUCCUCGAUUCGCCUUCGGCAUCAUCGACCUGAAAGGCAUGAGACGGUGCAGAUCCCGCAGCCAAAAAGCAGUGUACGGUUGGCCUACAUCGUAAGGACACUUACUUUUGCGCACAUUCCACCAGCAACAUUUAUUUCUGAUGUCUUUUUCUCGAGAGCUCUUUUCUGCUUAGCCAACGAACUAAAGACUCACCGGCUUCUCUCGAUGAAGAAUUCGGUCUCUUGAGUCCUGUCAGCGCUGCACUGAUUCUGCACUGUUCAGAUGUUGGCGGUUUUUUGUGCUCUGUGAGCUAGUUUGAAAUAUCCGGAUACUUCGUGAUCCGCAAGUCCAGA